GGCUCCGGCUUCGGCUUCGGCUUUGGCUUCAGCUACUGUUUGGGCUUCGGCUACUUUCGGUCUCGUUUUCGGUGCUGCUCAGGUUUCGGCUGGUGAACCGCGAACCGUACCGUGCUGUGCCCUGCCGUGCCGUGCCGCGAAUCUGUCUGCAGCCGCUUGCUGUAACCUGACGCCGCCAGAGCCACUCUGUUAUUUGUGCGUGCGCGUUGCCAAUAAACGGGCAGCGGCUUCAGCUCCUCUGCUCCUCUGGCCAAGUGGCGUAGCCGAUUUGUGUGAUAAAAGUGUGAAUUUUGAUUGCCAUUGUACUCUAAAAUAUCAACCAAACUAAACAAAACUCCAAGUGUUUAUCCCAUUUCCAACAACAACAAUAACAACUGAAAUUGAAAUAACAAUGAAAGAAGAACAAUCGAAAUAGCAAAUACAAAAAAAAUGCAGUCGAAAUGACAGCGAAAUUUCGAUGAGAAACAAGAACAGGAUCUUAAAUCGAAAAAAAAACACCUUCAGCUUCGAUCGAAGUUUUAAUUAUUGUUUAAUUGCAACAAUAAUAAAAAAAAACAAAAUAUCACCAACAGUUAUCGAAAUGGAAACUAAAAAACCACCAAAAUCGAAAUUGCAACUAAACCAACAACUAAUAUCGAUAUAAAAAUUACAUAUACAAUCUAAAAACCAACUAUGAUAACAAAAAUUCAACAACAAUCCAUAUUAAAACUACACCAACGACUAAUAACGAAAUUAAAACUGCAACAAAAAACGAAAUUUUAACUACAACUAAAACAAAUCAACAACACUCCACUUUAAAACUACACCAACAAAUAAAAUCGCAAAACCAAUUACACCAACGAAUAAAAUAUAAAUCAAAUUCAACAAGAAAAUCCAAAUUACAACAUCAACAAAUAAAAUGAUUAUAUACUCAACAACGAUCGACAUUAGGCUAUACCAACAAUCGUGAAAAAAAUAAGAAAACAAAAAAAUCAACAAUAAAUUUAAUAAACAAUGUAUAGUUCCUGCUACGUAGCUUUUUUGUAAAUGUGUAUGCGAGUGCGAGUGAGUGAGAAUGUUGCUAGAGAAAAGGACAGGUAGCGCAAAUGAAUUCCAAGAAACCCACAACCAGCACCAACACCAUUGCCAUCGCCUCCAAAAACUGAGAAGACAUCGAAAAAUACGCCCUACUGAAGGAGGAGUGCCAGAGGCGGAGGAAACGGCACCCGGAGGAGGUCCCUAGAGCCCCAAUCCUCGUAGGUAGCUGAAAUUGCAUAGGAAAAGGUAACCAAAACCCUCCCCAGGAAGGAACCACAAGGAACCACCAAAACCACACACACACAAAGAACAUGGAACGCAUGUGGCGGAAAGUCAACCACAGCCUGCGCAACACGAAAUCCCAGAACCAGCAACAGCAGCCGAAUGCUGGCAGCGUCAGUAGUGGCGGUGGUGCCGCCGUCGCCAUCGUCUGUGGAGCCAAUGCCGCCACACCACAGUCGACCGAUACCAUCAACUCGGCGGGUGGGUUCGGCGAUGGGCAGCUGGUAGUUGCCGUUCAGGGAUUGCCCGGGGCAGCAGCGACGUCCGGAGGGGCGGCGGCAACGACUGCAACUGUCACUGCCAAAGGAGGCAGCAAUGCCACCGGGCGGCGUUUGGCCAGCAGCGGCCAAACCUUGCCGGUAUCCGGCGGCGCCAGCAAGUCGCUCAGCCAGCAUGUCCUGCAGACGCGGACCGCCUCCUCGGAGCGGCGUCGGCGACGCAGGCGCAAGAGCCGGCCCCGACGCGGCGGUGGCAUGGGAGCCGUCACCAGUUGCGUGGGCGAUCCGAGCGGCGAUAAUAUGUCAUCUUCCGGCGGCUUCUACACUCUGAAGGACCACCACCAGUACUAUCGUCACGGGCACCAUGGCCACGGAGCCGCCGGCGGUGGAGGGUCUGGCUCUUCGCGUCGCCUCUUCGCUACCUCAGCGCCCAGCGGUACCGUGAUGAUGUAUCCCAAUCCCCAGCGAGCACCCACCCUGACAGCGGCCGGUGGAUCUGGAUCUGGAUGUGGUGCUGCCGUAGGAGGCGGAUCCGUUGCCGUUGCCACUGUUGGGGCCGGGGCUGUGGCCCAGCCGGACAUCUCUUUGCGGCAGCGAGCGGUGGCCAAGCUGCGGAUGUUCAACUUCCACCUCAACUGGGAUCUGCACAUGACGCACUGCAAGCCCUGCGGACCCCGGCUGAGUGGGAGUGGCAACAUCAUCACCCGCCGCCUGUGCCGCAACCGGAGGCGGGAGGACAACGAGCUCUACCGCUCCAACAGCUUCAAGUUCGAGCGCUUCGAGCGCAAGGAGUGCCUCCAGGAGCUCUCCAACACAUUGCAGAAGCAGAUUGCCAUCUGUGAUGAUUACAGCCUGCCCGUAGACUUUGUUAAAAAACGACCGUCCAGCUUCGAUCCGUGCCUGGCGGAGGCGAUACCAACGAAUCCCGAGCACUGGAUAGUCCCCAGUCCCCAGCAAACGGAGUUUCUGCCAUUCAGUGAAGCCCAACAAGCGACGCAGCAACCUGCAGCAGCAGCAGCAGCAGCAGCAGCAGCAGCGGCAGCACCGCCCCUACCGCCGCCACCGCUUUGCCCGGUUCCCUCGGCCACUUUGCCCAUUCAGCAGCCGCCAACGGCAGCGGCAGCAUCUGCAGCAGCAGCAACCCAGCAGCAGCAGCAGCAGCAGCAGCUGAACAACAACAACACGAACAUCGGCAACCACUCGGUGCACCAGCAGCAGCAGCAGCACCUCCACAACAACACCACCAACAACAACAACACGUUGCCAGUUGGGGCACAACAAGUGCAGCAUCAGCAGCUACAGCAGCGUGCAACAUUGCAACAUCCGCCGCUGCCCAACAGCAACAUCAAGCAGGCCUCAGUGAAGCUUAUCGAAGGCUACUCCGAUCCGAAGGACACGCGCCACCAGAGCGGCAACGGCCACCACAAGAAGGUGUACCACAAGAAGGCCAAGCGCCGCACGGCCCCGAGCCACAAGCGCCACCAACAGCAGCAGCAGCAGCAACAGCAGCCGCAGCAGUUGCAACAUACAUUGCCCACGCCGCGCAGCGCCCAACUGCAUCUGCAGCAGCUGCAGCGGCAUUCCACGUACAACAACAACAACGACCAGCAGCACCAGCGGAAGGAUAAACGGAACAGCCACUACGAUUCGGACUCCUCUGCGCCCAAGUCCUCCGACGAGGAGGCGGACAUAGACGAGGAGGCCGAUCAGCCGCAGCAGCAACAGCCACAGCCACAGCAGGCUCCAUCCCAGGCUGCAGCGCCGGGAACAACUCCUGGAGCGGUGGUUCUCAAUUCGCCGGACUCCAUAUCGGACGAUCUGGUGCGCCCGCUGCCGCCCCAACUGCAGCGGAGUCCACGAAAGCUGACCGUCGCCCCGGCAGCAGAGUACAGCAAGCGCCAGCCUUCACCCUACUACUACUCCGAUCUUCUCAAGAGCCGCGACAAGGACAAGGACAGGGACAAGGACAAGGAGGCCAAGCAGAAGUGCCGCCAGUCGACGGCCAGCGAGCCGCCGCAGCUGAGAGCGGAGCUUCCGUGCCUGGGUGGUUACCGCAAGAGCUCCAGCUUGGAUGUGCCCCAGCAGGAGCACGGAGAGGAGCCGCAGCCAUCAGGAGCAGCAGCAGCAGCAGCAGGAGUAGGAGAUAGCGACCAGGACAACGACAACAAGGACAACAACGACGACAACAACGACAACAACGAGCAAAGGGAGGUCGAGGGAGUCCGAGAGGGAGAGGAGCGGACAGAGGACAACGAUCAUCUCGAGGAGGAAGAGGAGUCCGAGGAGGCACCCGGCGGCGACCAGUCGACGCCCAAGCGCUACAGCUUCACGGAGGAGGGUGUGCACAUCAUCCGGUGCGAGACGCCCAGCACCAGCACCUCGGAGGAGUCCGACUGCAGCGAGUGCCUCAAGCGGCGCGAGUGGCAUGCCCGGGCUCUGGCCCUAGUCCGCAAGACCUGCAACGUCCAGCCGCGCCACCACUCCCAGUCCCAUCCCGAUCCAUCGACUGGGAGCGAGCUCCAGCUGCAGCUGCAACACUGCGACGCCGGCGAGGGGGAACUGCUCAAGUGCUGUCCCCCGCCUCCUGCGAGCGCCAACGCCCCGAAUCCCACAGCCGCGACCCGCGACCCAGCAGAGCCUUCGGCGCCGAUGCCACCGCACCGUCUGCUCGGACCAGCAGCCGUGUGCGGAGCCUGUGUAGCCGCCCCCCCAGCCGGAGCCGGAGGAGGAGCUGGAGGUGGACUGAGCGAUGAGCCGGAGGAGGAGCUCGAGGAGUACUUCCGGCCGCGCAGCAUCUUCUACGUGCAUCCGCAUGGCGUGCACGAGUGCGCCGAGUGCGCCCCGAUCCCAAUCCCGAUCCCGCUGCCCCUGCCGCUGCCACUGGCCCGUCCCGAGAAGCUGCCACUGAGCCUCAGCGGACACUCAGCCGCGCAGUCCGUCAACACGCUCGAUCUCUACGGGGACGACGAGCGCGAGGAGGAGGACGACGACGACGACGACGACGACGACGACGAGGACGACCCGGACUCGGACAUAAUGACCAGCCGCAGGCGGCAGAUCUACGAGACGGCCUUCGACUGCAAGAUAGCCAAGUCGGAUGACGACCUGGACGAGGUGGACCGCAUCACCAACCACUCGGUGCUCCUCCAGCUGAGCAACGGCAACGGCAACAGCGAGACCGUCGCGGCGGCUACGGCUGCAGCCUCGGCCGCCAAGGCCAAGAGCCGCCUCGAGUGCAAGCGAACAAAGAACUCCAAGAACCAGGCCCUCCAGGAGCAGAACAGCGAUGGCCAUGGCCACGCCCACGUCCAGGUGCAUCAGGUGCAGGCGGAACUGGGAAAUCUGCAGCUCGAGGAUCGGGAUCACCAGAAUCAGAACCAGAGCAGCGACCCAGUGGCGGUGGCGGCGCCGGUAGGAAGUGGAGCCAGUGCCUCCAGCACGCAGCAGCUGCCGGUGCGGGGCUACACGCCCUCCCCGCCCUCGACGGCGCCACUGCCUAUGAAAUUUCCCGGAAAGCAGGAGCGCUACAUGAACAGCAUCAAAAGCGCCCCCAACCUGCCCGCCGCCAAUCCGGCGCAUCCGCGACUGCGCGACCUGCGCCUUCCCCUCCAGGGGAUGCGUCUCCAGCAGCCGCAGCAGCAGCAGCUGUGCGCCUCCAGUAACGACAACAGCCUCACCGACAGCGCCUACGUCAAUCCGCCCUCGACCAACUCGAACUCCGCCUCGGCCGGGGCCUCGGCCUCCGCUUCAGUGUCCGUCACCGCUUCCGCCUCGGCUGCCGCCCGGCGGCCGCGCUCCUUUGUGCUGGAGUCGGGUCGAGUCCUGGAACUGCGGCGCAGCGCCCAGCCCCACCCGCAGCAGCAACGCCAGCACCACCACCACCACCAUCAUCAUGCCGCAGGCGUAUCGGCCGGACGUCGCACCCGCCAUGGCCACGGCCACGGCCAGGCGCAGGGCCAGGGGCACAACUACAGCUCCACGGAGUCCAUAGCCACCUCGAGCAGCGGGGGCAGCAUGGAGUCGCUGCGCUCGAGCACCAGCGAGGGCAACCGGAGCACAUCAAGCUCGGAGUCGCGCCACUCGAGCUCCCUCAGCUCUCACAGCUCGGAGAGCGGCAGCUGCAGCUCCAGCGUGGCCUACCCGCUGCGGCCGGCGCCGCUCCUGCUACACUCCAAGCUGCACAUCCUCAGUCCCAUCUCGGACAAGUCCUCGCAGGAGCCGGCCUCGGCCAGUGCCUCCGAACAGUCGCAGCAGCCGUCCCAGACCCCGUCGCAGGCCCCAGUCCAGGAGGAGCACGAGGCCCUCGUGGCGGGCACCUCCACCUCCACCUCCGCCGGCGCCGGCGCCACCUCCGCUCCGCUUUCGUCCAAGCAGCAGCGCAACCAGCGGGGAGGAGGAGCGGCGCCCAACAAGGCGCUGCUGCACCUGGCCGACGAGCUGCUCGGCUCCGACAGCGGCAUCUCGCUCCACUCGCGGGAGGAGGGCAAGCCGCCGCCGGCCCUGGCCCUGCAGCGCCUCACGCUGCCCAAGCUGCAGCUCAUUGGAGCAGAGCCCACCAGCCAGGGAGCAGGCGGCGUAUCCUCGGCAGCAGGAAGCUCGGGCACGGGCACUACUGCCGGUGGAGGCGGAGGAUCUGCAUCAGCAUCAGGAUCGGGCAACGUUGGCAUACCGCAGGAGCUGCGCGACCUGCCCUUCGACAUGCCAAAGCUGCGGCGCCGCAAGACGCUGCAGCAGGAGGCGGCCUGCACCUCCGGCAGCGCCACCUCGGUGGACCUCGGCGAGCUGCCCUUCGACAUGCCCAAAUUGCGGCGGCGCCUGCGCGCCAACCAGGCGGAGAUCAACAACCUGCUGAUGCACAGCACCGAGUCCAGUGGCAUCUCGCAGGCCUCCUCCAGCCACUCGAUGCGGGAGGAUCAGAAGUUGGCCAGCAAGCUGGAUACAGCCCUGUUCCGGCAGAACCUUACGCUGAAUCUGAACGAGCCGCGGCAGGCCACCAAACAGUUCGGCAGCCUCGACCUGCGGGGCCUCAACAGCACCAAGGAGCUGAACAUGAAUCUCUGCCAGGGCUAUGUGACGGCCGUGGAUCUGAUUGAUGUCAGCAUACCACUGGAGCGGCAGGGUUGGUACCACGGCGCCAUUACGCGCAUCGAGGCGGAGACGACGCUCCGUCCGCUGUCGGAGGGCUCCUUUCUGGUGCGGAACUGCGAGUCCACCAAGCAGGAUUACUCCCUCUCUCUCAAGGGAGCCAAGGGCUUCAUGCAUAUGCGGAUUCAGCGCAACGAAACGGGCCAGUACAUCCUGGGCCAGUUCAGUCGUCCCUUCGAUACAGUGCCGGACAUGAUCCGUCACUUCUGCCUCAACCGGCUGCCAGUGCGCGGUGCCGAGCACAUGUGUCUGAUCGAGCCGGUCAUUGCGCAGCUGCUCUAGAAGGGAGGUCCUCGUGGUCCCAGUGGAGGAGCAGCAGUCAUCGCGAUGAUCAUCGCGGAAGGAAACCAAACAGAAUUACAUAUUAAUAGCAUAUAGAGGAUAUAAAGGAUAUAAAACAUACGUAUGCACUAGUUAUAUGCGUAUAUGCGAUAUGCGAUAUGCGAUAGUUUUAAACGCAACUUGCAAUUCUUUUUCUUCCCAUGUUUUUUUUUUGUUUGUUGUUUUUGCAUCAAGUCUUUGUAUAUCGGAUAAACGAUCUACGAAACAGCAAGAAACACCACCCCCUCCCACACCACCCCUCUGACACACAAACACAAACUAUUGUAGUUUAGCGUUUAAAGUACGUAGCACAUUCAGACAAUACCAGCAAAUGACAAAAAAAAACAAAACAAAAAAACAGAACGAUAUUUAUAUAGAAGGCAUAUAUACAAGCAUGACAUGAUGAUAUAUACAACCAUAUAUAGUAUAUUCACGUAUAUAUAUACAUAUAUAUUGAUAUUGAUAUUGAUAUAAAAGAGCACGUGACAACCGUUGCUAGAUGUAGUACAGUGCGGACACACAUACGAUACGAUACGGUACAGAGAAGAACGAGAACAACAUUUUUUUAGAUGUGUUUACACAGACAGCAGCAACAGCAGCAGCAGUAGGAUAGGAUAGGACUACUCCUGAAAGAAGGAGUAGCCAAAAGAGAGCAAUUCACGUUUAGCUAGAGGUUUAUCGUAGAUCGUACACAGAUCGUACUAAAAAUCGAUCGAUACUUAAGCAACUUAAGAAACUUUCUGUAGCACACACUCCACACACCAAACACACUUCUUACACACCCAUGCCGAGCAGGAGCAGGAGCAGGAGCCCCCCUCUGGCUGUAUUUAGGUUGCGAUUUCCGUGUGGCAUGGGGGCACGGAUCAUCGCUUAGGGCACGAUUACUAAGAACUAAGAACAGUUUCCAGUUUCAGCAAGCAACUAUAAAAAUUUGUUGAUUAAUUUUAUGUUACGACGAGGAAAAGGAAAACAGAGACGAGUGCGGGAACGAGAACGAAUCUUAAAUAUGUAUAUCUACGAGUAACGAGUAACGAGUAACUUUAGCAUGGAGGAGCCAUUGUGUCAUUUUUUUUUUGUCUUAGCUGUAGGUCAGAGGUAGGGUAGAGUAGAGGAGGACUCUCUCGUACGCAGAAGUAUGACGCUCAAAGCGCUUUCGGUUGAUGGAUCGAAUCGAUGAAUGAAUGAAUGUAGAUGGAGAGAUGGAUAAUGGAUGAUGGAUGAUAGAUGGACGGGGCAAGGAUAUAGCAACGCAUAUGAAAAGUCGGUUUUAAGUGUUAGUUUCUAAUUGAGGGGAGUGCAAGUGCAAGUGCAAGUGCAGGUGCGAACGAAGGGCAAAACUAUAUAUAUACAUAUGUAUUAUGAAAGCUAACAAAUGAUAUAUAUACUUACUAUUUAUAUUUCUAUAUAUAUACACGAUAUUAAAGAGCAGUCAAUGGUUUUUUGGUUCCAGUUCCAAGAGAAGCAAAGUGUCAGUGUCAGUGCCAGUGGCAGUGCCAGGGUCUCUCCCCAGUGUCUGUCCCAGUGUCAGUGUCAGUGUCAGGAUCUAACUAAUUAUUGUUUCUGGCAGUUUAUGUUCUGUACCACCUUUGUACCGCCGAGCAUUACGAGUAUAUUAUUAUAUUGUAUUGUAUAUACGUGUACGAGUAUUUGUGCAACAACUGAUUUCCAGUCACUUAGUCACUUAUCCAGAGCUAUAUGUUUUCUAUAUGUGUGCCAAAGUAUUACUUACGCUAGUCCUAUGAUGUAUCUUAAUUUCGAUAUGUUGAUUGUUUGUUGCCUAAUUUCUAAUCCCACGCAAUCCGAUGCAGUGCAAUAUACGUUUACCAUUAACAAACCUUUUUGACUAAUUUGUGACUAGUUUAUGAUUAGCUCUAAGUUUUCCAAGCGAGUACGAGUACGAUAUCAAGACCACAUUCCCCAUUCCUGCUUGCAAGGCGAGUCGAGGCGAGGCGAUAGUUUUCCCCAUUUUCCGCACUCCUUUGCACCUGGCCAACGUGUGUAUAGUACGUGUCGGUUAAGAAAGCUGCGUCAAUUUGUAAACGGCUUUUGUAAAUAUACAAGGAAUACAUACAUACAUAUACAUAUACACACCAGAAAACACUUGAGAGUACGGCUCAUGCGUAUGCAUGCGAGUCAGUACGAUUUUAUUUGCAAUACAACCUUUAAGCGUAAGAUUUCAACUUCACAUAGUACGAGUAGCAGAGUAUACAGAUCCAUCUGUUGCAUCGCGAACAGGCAACAGCACCCUAUAACAAUAGCAUACCAUUCCAAAUCAUACCACAUCACACCAUACUAUACCAUAGCGAUGUAUUUGAGGCUUCCGUAGCAUUAAAGAACGAACCAACACCAACCAUAGUAGAACCUCAGGGGGAAACGGAUAUCUGCCAUGCUGGGAUCCACAGGUUCCCAGAAGACAGCACCGCACCCCACAGCACACAUCCGUUCUUCUCCGAUGAGUGUUGAUCAAACAUUCGUUUCCGUUUCCGUUGUGUAUAAAUGUACUUAACCGUGUACUCUAACUAUCUCUCUCUUUCUAUCUAUGGCACCCAAAUAGUAUCUGAUAUCUGAUUAAUUCAAAAAAGUGCAGAGCGAAUACAUAAUUAAACACGAUGAACAGCAACAAAUUUAACAAACAGAAACCCUAAAACAAACCAAAACAACAA